AUGGAACCCACCGAGCUAGAGAGGAUUAUGCAACACAUGGAGCAAGAAAGCGCAAUCAGAGAGAAGAUGCGCGACGCGAUCGGUGACUUUGAGAAAGCCACGCGCGUGAUGAUGGCGUCGCUAAUGAGCAUUCAUUCCACUCCAAUGUCAGAAGUUGCACCAUUAGUCGACUCGGUCGUCAAAGUACAAGAGACAUGCCGAGGUCCCAUCGCAACGAUAGCAGACCUGAUCCCAGAAAAUCAAUAUUGGAGAUGGCGUGACAUGUACAGUCGACACAUCCAAAAUUUUGUUUUCGCCGUCGCUCUCUGUGAAUACGUGCGUAGUCACAGAGUGGCAUCGAUUCAGGACGUGACGAACAUCUUGGGCAUUAGGGAAGAAUGGCAGGACAGGGUUCGCAUCCAAACAGAAGAUUAUCUCCACGGGCUCAUCUCCGUGGCGAACGAACUUUCUCGUCUAGCGAUCAAUUCGGUCACUCUGGGUGAUUUUGACGAGCCCUUCAAGAUUCAUUCGUUUGUUGCCGACCUGUUCUCUGGGUUCUCCAUGCUCAAUCUGAAAAACGAUGUUCUGCGCCGCAGAUUUGAUGGACUCAAGUAUGAUCUCAAACGGAUCGAAGAAGUUGUCUACGAUCUUUCUGUACGCAAACUUGGGCCAAUCAGGAGCAAGGCCAUAAAGGAAUGA